UUCAGACUGUGCAGUGCCGUGGAGGAAGCAGCAGCACACGAAACAGUGGUGUUUUAUAUCGGUUUUGGUGUAGAGGAAAAAGCAAAGAUGUCGUCUCCUGUAGCAGCUUGCAAUUUGCAAUCUCAAUUUUCCUCCAACAAAUCCAUUUCCAAACAGUUAAAAGCCAGAGCUAGUGAGUUCCUGUCGUCGCCCAAAAAUUCCAACCAUCUGUUGGAAAUAAUCGGCUAUUUAAAGGAAUGCAACGCCCGAAAGUCUGUCGUCGUUCCCAGCCUGUUGGCUCUGGAGACCAUUUUUGUGGAGCUACUGCGACGGAAUGAAAUGCGAAUUGUGGUGCAACCAUUGAAGCCCGUUGAGGAAUCGACUGAUUUAACGUAUAAGCAGUGGUUGCAAGGUCAGUACAAAGAAGCAUUCAGUGCCAUUUUAGAGAGUUUUGUCCACGAGAAACAAGCGGAGAGUACCCAAGCUUUAGCCACGGCAAUGAAGCUGGUGGUGGUGGAAGCAGAAAACCCGCUGGACGCUGGAUCUGUCGACACAACUCAUUUUCCACUUGCCAAACUGAAACACGUUCUUCAAGCGAUGCUGUCAUCCGAGCGGCUCAAUACACAUCUUGUCAAUCGCUUCAUGGAAUAUGCUUCACAUCUAGAUAUAAUUUACUUCUGCUGGAAGGUUCUCCCAUCGUUAGCACCGAAGGGAUUUAGCCCUAGCUCGCUAUUCGUUCAAAACUAUGUCAGCUUGCUUGGCACAGUCUGCCUCGGAAAGGAAGCCAUGCAGGACUCGCCUAGUUUCUUGUGUGUUCAAAUGCAGCAACUGGAUUAUCCUUACAUUCGGAAACACAUUAACAAAACAUGGUCUUGUAUAAUGAAUUGGAAGCAUGAUGAAGCUAGCCAUCGACAAGUAUUGAUUCUACUGCUGGAGAAAGUUUUGCCUCAUUUAGACAAGCCGGUCCUACUAACUGAUUUUCUGAUGGAUUCGCUAGACGUUGGUGGAGCGAUUAGUUUGUUAGCACUUCAGGGUAUCUUUAUUUUAAUCCAACAGCACAAUCUCACCUACCCGAACAUAUACGAGAAGCUUUACUCAAUGUUCGAACCGGAAAUCUUUCACACCAAGUUCAAAGCUCGACUGUUCUAUCUGGCGGAUAUUUUUCUCAGCUCUAGUCACCUGCCAGAGGGUUUAGUGGCGGCCUUCGUUAAACGUCUGGCUCGUCUAGCCCUGAUUGCUCCUCCGCAGGACAUUGUUAUAAUUCUACGGUUUAUUGGAAACCUGAUAAUGAGACAUCCAGCGUUGAAACGACUGAUUUUCCAUCCCAGUGGAGGAGAAGUCUCUCAAGAUCCCUUCAUCAUGGACGAAAGCGACCCGGUCAAGUCUAAUGCCUUGGAAAGUUCGCUGUGGGAAGUGGCAGCGCUGCAGUCGCACGUACUACCCUCGGUUGCUACGGCAGCCAAGUUUAUCUCCAAUCCGUUUCCCAGCGUCGAAUGGGAUAUGGCAUCUGUGUUGGAAAUUAAUGAAAAUGAUAUCUUCGAUAAAGAGAUUGCCAAGAAGUCCAAAGAAUAUGCCUUAAAUUUGGAGAGACCAACUUCGAUGUUCCUGUGCUGCGGGGGUGAAAAAAGCUCGCAAUACUGGAAGUUGUUCUAAACAAACUGAAGAGCUUUUAAAUGCUACACAUACUUUUAGUGGUUAGAAAUACUAACUUACAAAGCUUCCUAUGAGGACUAGGAAGCGUCGAAUAGAAACACAUGAAACAAUGUUUUGGCAAAGAAACAAGUUUGAAAGUAGAUUUGUAGUUUAUCGAACAACCUUUGAUUUUAUUCUGAACGGAAAAUGUUUUUCAAUUAGUUUGCAAUAUUCUAAAACUACGUGAAGCGUUCAUUGACUAUACUCAUACAGAUAUACUACAGGAUGUGUAACGAAUACUAUUCAACUAAUUAUCUAGACAAAACGAAAAUAGUUUCUGUAAUACCAAUUCAGUCACAAACAUUGCAACACUAUAGUAUAAAGCAGGCAAAAUAUACAGGUUCAUACUAUAUCGAAUAGUAGUUAUGCAAAAUACAGACAAUGUAAAUCUCUAGAUUCAGCCAAUUUACUGAAAUAGAAAAAAAGCACACAACAAAUGAACGUUCCUAUAGAAAGCGAAAACAAAAGUCACUAGGAAAGCCCCAACAGCACCACUCUUUUGUUUCUCACCAAACAAACCCUAUUCCUUAUCUACUAAUAAUAGUACUGCAUACUGAUAAAACAAACAAUUAUUCACACUAAACGAUAAGUUCAUGUUAAUUGUUUAAUUAAAUGUUAUUUAUUGUUUAAUCGUAACCACCGCCGAUCGGAGUGGGUGCAAUUAGCGACAAAACAAUUGAAAGGGUAUGUAUGUCAUAUGGGUUCUAAUCACCGGAUUGUGACCAACAACGGUCUUAGCGGCUGCAAGCACCAAUCCGGGAAGACAUUGUUGGAUGAAACGAAAUCAGUACUAAACAAAUGAAGCAGAGAAGUAAAUUGUGAUUCAAAUAAAUUAAGAUAGGACAGAUAAACUAAUGUCGGUGCAGAAAAAAGAAACCGUUGAGAGCUUAUGGGUAGAAUCGUAGUUUUAGGUUAAAAGGAUACUUUUUUACUGCAAGAGAGGAAGGUGUUUCGUUUCUGGCGUCGUACGAUGUGUAAACCAGUCGCAGAUGGCAAUGAUAUGGUAAUAAAUGGUUUAUGCGAUAGGUUUCUCUCCGGAAA